AGGAAGAGAACUUUGAGUUCAUCAUCGUCUCCAGCACAGGGCAGACAUGGCACUUUGAGGCCAACAGCUUUGAGGAGAGAGAUUCCUGGGUCCAAGCGAUCGAGAGCCAGAUCUUGGCCAGCUUGCAGUGCUGUGAAAGCAGCAAAAACAAGGCCCGGAUGGAUAGCCAGAGUGAAGCAGUGGCAAUCCAGGCUAUCCGAAAUGCCAAAGGAAAUUCUUUGUGCGUGGAUUGUGGGGCAUUAAAUCCAACCUGGGCCAGUCUGAACCUGGGGGCGCUGAUUUGCAUUGAAUGUUCUGGCAUCCACCGGAAUCUGGGCACCCACCUGUCUCGGGUGCGCUCUCUUGACUUGGAUGACUGGCCCCUGGAGCUCACCUUGGUGCUCACCUCUAUCGGGAACGAAACAGCCAACAGCGUUUGGGAGAAAUGCACGCAGGGGCGCCGGAAACCCACCUGUGAGUCAUCACGUUGUCCUGUGAUGAGAUGGCCGUGGCGAGUUUUUCUGCAGCAAAUUGGUUAUGGCAAGUUGGCAGUGGCGAAUUGUCAUAGACCCAUUUGGGACCUGAGAAUCAUCCUAGCUCUUAGGUCAGAAGAUUACGGUGCUGACGUUAAGGCCCAUGAUGCUGUGGGGCACACCGCACUCUUCUACGCUCGCCGAGCAGGAAGCCAAGAAUGCAUUGACAUCUUAAUGCAACAUGGUUGCCCUAACGAAGGCUACAGCACUAUUGCCACCCCAGGCCUGCGCCGGAAAAGCAGCAGUGCCAGCAUGGGAAGGACCGAGGCCCGAACUGCCCUGGUGUAGCAUGCCGGGGGGAGCCUCUUCCCCAUCCCAACGGUGCCAACAAGAGUGCAGUGACUGAUGCCUCCUCUCCUUAAGGAGAUCCCACUCCCCUCUGGCACCUGGACUGUAAUGCCAAGGAGCAUAGAUCAUGACUUGUGUCAUGCAGAGGCGGUGGCGGCUCCCAUCCAGAGCCUGGCUUCAGUGGUUCUGCUUGGCAUAGGCUGCCAUCACCAAGACUCACAGCUCUCUCUACUGCCAGGCCUUGAGCUGCUCUGCUGAUAUCCUGGGCAAACAGCCGUCUCUCCAGACAGGUCAUCAGAGAAAGCCUACAGGGAACCGAGAGCAAUGCGUUCCAGUAUUUGGAGUGAAUAAGAAUUAGGACCUGGGCUGACGUUGUCGUCUUCCCAAUUAAGACUUUGGGAAAUGAGAGGGACAAGUGUUUACGUGGGGUCAGCUCCCCUUUUCUUUCUGGGUUUAUAAGUGUUGAAGGCGAAAGGUAAAUCAAUAUUACUGGAGCGGUUGGUGACUGAACUGCACUAACCACUUCUAUGGAGCCCCAAAACAUGACAAUACAGGGGGGGCGGGGGGAGUGUUGAAGGGUCCAAGAGCGUUUGUCACAACUAUAGCACUGAGGGAAGAAGGUUCAAGAGGGAACCUUUGUGUCACUUAACGUGGCUUAAGUGAACCCCUCUCCUCCUCGUGUUAGGGUACAGGGCUUGGUGGAUGCACUUGAGCUGUGGCGCACUAAAGGGGUUGUAGGCCAGCCUCCCUCAUUUCUAGGCAGGAGCGUGUACAAAAACAAGAGUGAAGAUGUUUGCUCAAAUCCAGCGAGGACGGGCAUGUGGAAAACAUGCAUUUCAUGGAGAAACCUGUUUCCAUUAUUCAGUUUCCCUUGCCCUUUAAACAAAUUGGGUUUUCUCUUCCAGAACGCCGACUCUUUGGGGCAUUUUUCUUUAUCCGAGAGAGAGAGAACAUAUUUUUAUUUAGCAGACACAGCUCCUAAUGCCUGUUUUGUGAAGCGUUUUAAUUUGAAAUGUCGUGAGGCUGUUGUGAAGCCCACCCGCACCCGGCCUGUCCAGGUCGAAGCGGUGAGGCUGAAUGAAUUAGGACACCCAUUAGCAGCAAGUCUCCACCUAUUGCCUUGCCAGACCCCUUUAGUCUUAGACUCAGGAUCACCCUGCUAUCACUCGGAAACACCAAGCACACUCCUUCUUGAAGCCGCACUGAAACACAUUCCUUCUGCUAACUUUUCCUCAGGUCUGGCGCCAGAUCGUUGCACUGAAAUAGCUGUUAUGUCUUACACUCUUUCGAAGGCCCCAAGCUGCCUCCUUCUCCUUAGAAACCUUUCCACUCUUUCAGGUCGUUCAGAGGAGGUAACAAAUGGUUGAGGCAGCUGGUUACGGGCCAAGAAGGGGGCUCAACCACGGUGAGGCAAACGCUGGGCAUCUCUGAGGAAUUCAACAAGGCCAUCUUUUAUGGAUGCUGAGCGCUCCUCCUGAAGCUAUAGACAUACUGAGCAGCCAGAGGGGGAGUUCUUCCAAAGCAACACAGAGCCUGGCUGUUAAAAAGAAGAGUCGUUUUUUUUAAAAAAAGAGAAAGAAAUGAAGGAACAUUUGUAAAAAGCUCCUGUCUUCACUCCUCCCAGUAUUAUCUCCCCUUUCUGACUUUUGUCCUAGUUUAUUGCUUCAUUUCGAGAAGGAUAAAAUCCUUCCCACUCUUUCUUCUCUUUCUGGUUUGGCAGCUCUCCUGGUGCAAGUGUUUACAGGCCUCGCCUCCACUGUUGUGGCAGGGGCAUCUGUGUGGUUGUGAUGAGUGAUGUGGUCUCAGGCUUUAUUUCAAAUCUGUGAUCAGGGUAAUGCAAUUAAUCCUCCCUCCCCAGUGUGGACAGACCUGGGCUGGAGCGGCCGUUACAAUUGCUGCCUCCACCCCACUGGCCUCUGGUCAAACCCAGCCUGAUCUCAUUCCUCUGGCCGCUGGUUUGUACCAUGAGAACUGGACGUGCGGGCAAAGGGCACAAGCCCAGCCAGGCCACAUCACCUCUUAAGACACCUCGGGCUUUCUUGCCCUUCUGAAUCUGAACAAGUUCUUGAAUGUACUGGCGAUUGUGUUGCACGAGAUCCAUGCCCCUUAGCUGUCAGAUGGAACCUGAUAGGCCUGGCCCCAAGAGGAUAGUUAACACACUCACAUUGUUGCCAGCUUCCCCACGGCAUGAUGGAUGAGCAUGGCAGGCUGUUGGGAAGGGAACUGGCUGUGCAUCCUGGUUUCCGAGCACUUUGGAAUCCAGCCUUGAGGGUCAGAAGAAAGCAGGGGGCACUGAUCCGUCAACACUGAAUGUAAUUUAUGCUUUGGGGGGGCUGGCAGUUCAGCACAAGUUCGUGGGAGAGCCUCUUGUGCAAGCCCCAGAUUUGGGACUCGAAAAGUAAGGUGGGUGGAAGUGGGGGGGAGGGGAUGUGGAAGUGCCAGAGCUGAUAUUAUUGGCCCUGUGCAGCUGUUGUAAUCUCUUGGAUUGUACCUUGUAAGUAUGUGACAAUGUAAGAAGAUGUAAUAACAGUGACUGAUUAUUCCUUCUUGUGAUAGCUUUCCAGAGUUGGAUUGCCAAGUGGGUGGGAAUAUUUCCGUUGGGGUUUUUUUUUCCUUCUCUUUUUACAGCAGCAGCAAAUAAGGAAGAGCAUUUAGGAGAAAGUAAAUGUUGCCCCCCCCCCCCUUGGAAAUUACUAAUGCUGAGAAGGAGAAGAGGAGAAGGAAAGGGAUAGCAACGGAGUUUGUAACAAUUGGUCAAAUGCAAGCUAGGGACAUGAUAUUCAGGUGAUCUCAGAAGCCUUGCUAUGUUCCCAGGAGACCACAAGGAAGUGACAGUACUCUUAAUUCUCUCCACUUGAUCAUCUCCUUGCCUAUCUUUUAUCCCACUGCAACAAAAUCUAGUGUUUAAUAUGACAGAAGUAGAAAAAAAAACCUCAGCAUAUAGAUGGACAGGAAGAUUCUUAAGAGCAUUUGCUUAACUUGUAUUGCUUUGCCCCUUAUUACUUAGCUCCCGUUGGUGUCUUGCUGUAGUAUUAUACAGAGACAACUAAGCACAUCUACGUCCAUUGAGAUCUUCAUCCACCACAUUCUCAAAUGCGUGUGCUGCAUGAUAAAUACUUCUAGCCAUUCUCACCUGUUCUUGCUAUCGCAAUGCCUUCAUUUGUGAACUGCUGCAUGAAUGGUCCAUUGUAGGAAAACCUCAAUUUAACAGACGAGAGGGGAAAGGGGGUCUGUUAACUCAAAAUGAUGUCAAUUUCCAUCCAUUUACACUGUUUGUGUGACACUUGUCCAGACUACUUCAGAAAUGGGCUUUUGUCUUGUUAUUUGCGGGGGAAGCAAAAAGAGAAACGUUAUCCAUCGCCUCAUAAGCCUGCUGAAUUGAGGUUUUACUGUAUCUUCAUUUAAAGUAUGAUAAUUGGUGAUCUGUAAAUUGAGUUGGUAGAUAGGAAAUGUGGUUAAAACAAGUAGAUUAAGACUUAUUUGGGGGGAAAAUGCCACUGAGCAAUAAUCCAUUACAGUUACAAGUAGUUGUUGGCUUCCUCACCCUAACAGGCUUCAUACAUUCAGUGGGUUUUAUUUGCAGCUGCUGCUUAGUGUCAGUCCUGAAAUGGCUCCUUCUGUGUCUCCAUUAGCCCCUUAAAAUAAAAAUAAAAAAUCCAUUUUGAUAAAGAAAAACCAGAAGACUCCUCAAAGGGGGAGAUUUAAGGGUUUAUUCUUCAUUUUAGGAAUCCAGUCUGCCAAACUGAAAAAGUACAGAUUCUAAAUGAACAUAAAUUCCCCCAUCAUUGAAAGAGUAAAAAAUAAAAUUUAAAGUUUACUUCAAGUUUAAAUAGGUUUCUUUUUCUUCUUCAAGAGACUGUAAGAGAUGAGUUAGAAUGCUGAAACUUUUAAAGUGCUAUAAUUGGUAUUUGAAAAAAAAUAAGACUAUUUCCUAUAGAUAUAUAUUUGCCCAAUUCCAAUGUUACUUUUUAAAUGUAUAUCCCACACUAAUCUUUUUAAGAAGUCGUACUACACAGCAACAUUAAGAUUAAUCUCUUUUUGUAGAAAACCAAGUAUUCCCACC